AGCAUCGGCUUCCUCACCUGCAUCAGCGUCCACCGCUACCUGGGCAUCGUGCACCCGCUGAAGGCACGGGGCAGGUGGCAAGGGGCAACCUCUUCAGCGUGGCUCAGCGCGACGGUCUGGGUGUGGGUCAUCGCGCAGGUAGCUCCCGAUUUCGCCUUUAGCAAGAUGGACGACAUGGGGAUGCGGUGCCACGACACGACGGGGAACGAGAACCUGGGUGUUUACUUGCCGUACACUGUGGCCAUCACCGUGACUGGGUUCAUCAUCCCGUUCCUCAUCAUCAUCGGAUGUUACUGCCACGUGGUGGUGGUGCUCUGCAGGAACGAUACUGUGGACCUCAGCCUCAGGAGAAGAAGCAUCAGACUGGUGAUUCUUGUGAUGGUCCUCUUCUCCAUCUGCUUCCUCCCCUACCACAUCUUCAGAAACCUCAACUUGUUGUCUCGAGGCUGGCAGCUGCAAGGCUCCUGCACACAGGCUUUAAAUAAUAUUUACAUUUCCUACCAGGUGACCCGGGGCCUGGCCAGCUUCAACAGUGCCCUCAACCCCCUGCUCUACGUGAUGACCAGCGAAGACUGCAUGUCACGCCUGAGGACCAUCUGCGAAAGCGCCAGCCAGUCCCUGGGCUCCACCUUUAGGAGAGAAGCUUCUUGCCACACAGAUGAAAAGAAGAUGAACAUCAUUCUUUGUGAGGAGGAGGCUUCUGAUGAGCUCUGA